GUAUGUCGUUAGUAGUUAUAUUCAUGGUAUUAAACAUUAUUAUUUCAACUAAAACUGAGAAUUUAGAAGGUAAAGAAGAAAUACAUGAAAAUUUUGAUGAUUACAUAACAUUUGAACAUGGAAUUAAUAUGGCUGAGGAAAAAACUAAAUCUACUGAAAAUGAUAAAGUUCUAGCAAUUUUUAAAAAUGAUGCAGAUGAUUCAGCGAAAAUUGAAAACAUUAUACCGUCUCUUAAAAUUAAAAGAUCUGCAGUUGAAGAAAUUGAAGCAUCGCCAAAGCCAAUCCGUCGUGUGAGGCACAGGGGUAAUUUAAAACAAGAUUUAAAGGCAGGGGAAGUUAACACUUCAGCUCAAUCAGAUCUUCGUAAUGAAGAAGUCACAAAAUCAAUAAAAAGUAAUACAAAUACGUUUGAAGAUACAGAUGAUAAUGCGACUAACAAAACAAAUAUUGCUUUAAAUAAUAAUUUGAUAAGCACUUACUUAGAUAUUAAUAGGGAUCUUCUUAUGAGGACUAUAGAAUUGAAUAGACUAGCUAAUAGAAAUGCCACCCCUCUCAACAAUCAAUCAAUUUCAUCCGUUGUUCAAAAUGAAAAUAUGAAAUCUAAGGGCAUCAUCGAAAUGCCAUCAAAAUAUAUUACCGUUGUUAAGGAUUCAAACGAAAAUGUUAACCAGAAUUUACUAAAUGCAAAACGACUUUAUGGUCACAUAGAAAACAAAGAAAUUAACGAUGCUGGAUUUGUAUUGGAACAAAAUAAUGGUUACCUUAAUCAACGUAAUGUGUAUCAAACAUUAUCAAGAGAAAAACAAGGAAAAUAUCACGAAUAUUCUGUUGAAGGUGACGAUUAUUAUAAUAAAGAUAUGAAACAACCAAAUAAUAUGAAAACACUGGGAGCAAAUGGUCGUAAUGUUCGUCAUUUUAAUGGGGCAAGGCCAAGAUUUAAUGAUCGACAGCUUAUGGGAAGAAGCGGCGCUGGAUUUGACGAGGAAGAAUAUUAUGAAGAUUAUUCAGAUUAUACGUACCAGAAAUUAAGACAAGGAAAAGUUGAUGACUACCAAGGGAUGAUGGAAGAUAGCGGUACUACAUUUGAAGCAGUGCAUUAUGAAGGUUAUCAAAAUCAACCGAAUAGUCACCAGAAAUUACAUAGAGCAAGACAAGGACAUAACCGACAUGAACUUGUAGAAGAUAUAGAUAGGGAUAGAUUGAGAACUUAUCAAAAUCACCCAAAUGGCAUUGAUCAAAAACUAUUUGGAGUAAGUCAAAUAUAUAACCACAAAGAGCCAAUGGAAGUAGAUGAUACUAGAAUCCUAACUGAACCACAUUACGAAGGUCCGUAUGAAACAUUUGAACGGAACGCACAUGUAAGGCCAAAAUUCGAGCAAGAGCUAUUAGAAAGAGACAGAAACAGCGGACUCAUGGGAGAACAAUACAGGAAAGGAGAUUCGCAUCAUCCAAGUCACGACCAUAUUUCCCAAAAACUAUUAGAACCAAGGCCCAGAUUUGACCAAAAAGAGCUUGUGGAAAGAAAUGAUGCCAGAAUCCAACCACUAGCAUCACCAACCGUAACUUCUCAUACACAGGAUUACGAUAUAAGAUUAGAUCACCAAGUGUUAAUGGAAAGUAAUGGUCAUGCAAACAUAGAGGAUCAUUAUAUCAGAGAAAAGCUAAAUCAUCCAAACAUGAAUUAUUUUGAUACAAAUGGACAUAACAUUCACGAAAAAUUAUUAGAAACGAGGCCAAGAUUUGACCAUAUAGAGCCUAUAGCAGCAAGUGAUAAAAUCGAAGAAGAACAAUAUGAAAAAUUAACAGAAGUAAAACCAAUGUUCGAUCAUCAAGACUUUAAGGAAUCAAAAAAUAAUGAAAUGUUAAAUAUAGAGACUGGCAAUCCUAAUAUUUUAGUAACAAAAGGAAGUCAGCAUAAACAAAAUCUUGUAAAGAAUCACUCUGAAAAGUUUCUGCAUCAGUUUGAAGAAACAAACGGAAAAAUACCCAUACCUAACCCAAUUAAUAAUGAACCAGUCUUCGAAGAUCUACGAAAACCUACUCAGGAAGCAACAGAAAGAAAAACUGCUGAUAUAGUUGCAGAACAGUACAAUGAAGAUUUUCCGACACCGAAUAUCAAAGCUCAGGAUAUUAAUCCAAAUAUACAUCAAAAUAUGCUGGAAACAGCAACACUGGGACUAGAUAAUAUGGCUAUAAAGGAGGCUGAUACGAGAUAUUACGCUGAACCAGAAUACACAGAUGAACCAAAUGUUAUUCCUUUUGAAAAUACUAAUACUCAUCCGGCAUCUUUUAAAGAAAGAAACGCAUAUCAUACUACUGUAGAUGAUAUUCCAAAGUUAAUACAUUUAGAUGACAAAGAAAGAUCAGUUGGUAUAUAUCCAAGAUUAAUCCAAGUUCCAAGGAUACAAUCACUGGUUGUGCUGCCAAGAUUUAGAUGUCGUUUGGUGCCCGUAUGCACCAGGUUUUAUUUACGUAAACGAUGCCUAAAAACAAUAAUUAAAUGUGGAUUAUUAUAAUGAAAACCUUUAUUUUCA